AUGGUAAGCCUCAGUUUCAUCAUUGGAGCAAUAGGUAGGGGAGCAUUUCGGCGUAUUGUGAAGCAUCGAUCAACAGAAGAGUUUGAGAGCCUUCCUUAUGUUUGCACACUACUGAACUCUUCCUUGUGGACUUACUAUGGAAUUAUAAAGGCUGGAGAGUUUCUUGUUGCCACCAUAAAUGGAUUUGGUGUUGUGGUUGAGAUUGUUUUCUUGGUCUUGUUCCUUGUUUUUGCACCUCCAAGAAUGAGGGAAAAGACUGCCAUACUUAUUGGAAUUUUCGAUGUGGGAUUUCUAGCAGCAGCAAUAUUGGUCUGCCAGUUCUUAUUGGAUGGUGAUAUGAAGAUUGCUGUCGUGGGAUUCUUGGGUGCUGGGCUUAACAUAGUCAUGUAUGUUUCCCCUCUUGCAGCCAUGAAAACAGUGGUGAGGACUAAAAGCGUGGAGUAUAUGCCUUUCUUUCUCUCACUUUUCGUUUUCUUGAAUGGAGGGAUAUGGGCUUGCUAUGCCGUGCUAAAGAAAGACUGGUUUCUAGGAGUGCCAAAUGUAGCUGGAUUUUUUCUUGGAGCAGCUCAACUAAUACUAUACGCAAUAUAUUGGAAACCCAAGUCAUCAAAGAAUAUAGCAUCAAAGGAUUUAGAGGAUGGUUCGCAGCGUGAACACCUUUUACCAUAUGCCAGCUCAGUUAACGAAAAUGUCAAUGAAGGAUAG